GCGUCGGGAAGAGCAGCAGACGGUCACCAUGGGCUUGUGGCGCAAGGCGUUGACGUCUAUGAACGCCACGAUCCUCAGCUCCAAGCAGUCGCUCGGUUUCCAGCUCAAGCUGCAGCCGGAGAAGGACAUUUUCCUGUUCAACGCCAAGGAAUCGGUGGCCAACUGGACGGCGUCCAGUGACAGAUCUAUUGGAGGACUGUCGGAGUGCAAGUGGGGCUUUUACAACGGUGAACCAGAGAAGGAGGUGGAGGAGGAAGAGUUUAAGUCGAAGCGGUUGAUCCAUGCAGUCAAGAACAAGGACAAUGUCCCCUCUGCUGUGUUUACUGGGCGACUGAGCAUGGAUUGCCAGCCGACCGAAGUGGGUGUCGUGCGUAGCGGCUACUGCGCUGUGCGGGCGUCGGUGCCGCAAGAGCUUCUCUUGCAUGGCUACGAAGGCAUUAGCAUGCGAAUUAUGACAGACGGACGUGAGUACCGUAUGAACGUGCAAAUGGAAAGCUGGAACCCCUUCAACUUGCACAUGGGUUUCCUCCGGACGCCUCCUAACGAGUGGGUGGAUGUUACUCUUCCAUUCCGGGACUUCUUGCUGACAGCGAAGGGCUUCGUCAAACUUGACGACGAGACGGAACUCGAUCCCUCGAAGCUAAAAAGCGUUGGCUUCGCCAUCGCCGAUCAAAAGGAGGGUGACUUUGAGCUGCGUAUCCAGUGGAUUAAGGCAGUAGCGCAGCUAGGACCGUCGGACAAGGACGAUCGCCAUGACGACGAUGAUGAUGACCGCUACGACAACUCCAAGAACACCACGGACUACUUCCGGAAGCCUGCAGAUUUAGUCAUUUAA